AUGUUUCCCACCGGAGGUGGAAGCUCCCAAACCGUGGCCCAGGAAACCGCAGCACCACAACCUCGUCCUGGUCUUGAUUUAUUCAGAGCUUUUGCCAGUUUAACCGCCCAGAACUCACACUCUCAUCAGCCCACAAACCAAUACAUAGCUUCGUUGGGUCAGCCAUCCGUUCACGCUGCUCAAUUGGCUGCUCAGCAACAUUCACCUUCUAUUUCGUUACUGCAACAAGGAAUCAGUCGCCAGGCCGCCGCGCAUCAGGAAGCACAUGUUGAACAGUCGAAUCAG